AAUUUCCCUCCAAUAGUUCUCUCUCUGGAGAAGGAGAAGGAUUCGAAACAGAAAGGAAUUAGACAUACAGAUGACACGUAUCAAACAUCACAGCACCGACUUCCUUUACUGUGCAAGAGCAUUUCACAGCCAAAUGACUUCAAGCCCAAGGCGGAGCCAAAAGCCGCGGAAUGAUAUCACCAGUGCACAAACAAGGCCGAGAUUUUGGAUUCUUACCCAAAAGAUAGAACUUUUAACCGCCUUUGUGCUCUCAACUCUCCCUUUAUAGCUGCCUCUUUCACCCUCUAAUUUUCCCCUGAAAGCUGCCUUAUCGAUCCUCUAUUACCAUGGCACCAUACUUAGCCAUCGACUAUCCCUACAAAUCCAGGCCAUCCACCCUCUUGAGCUCUCUCUUCAUGUCCACGCUGAAUAUGGCGGCGAAAACGCUUGUUUCUGUGGCAUCAAACUUGAAAUUAGAGCGUUCGGAGAAGUGGAGACCCGGUGAUCAUUUGAGAUUUAUGGUCAUGUUAAUGGCUUGGGUCACCGUUUGGGUUCUUAGGGUUUUGAUGGACCAUUUCCCUUGUGUUAUGACCUUCUUUCCAAAUUAUCUUCUUCUUGGUCGCCUCUCAUCCGUCGGAUCUUCCUCCUUGGCACUCCCAGCCCCAUCUUCAUCAUCAACAGCAUUAUCAACUUCUGCUACGUUCUUUGAUUUGCUUCUACGAGAUGAUUUUGAUGGACCUUCAGCUCAGGCUCUCAGUCGGGCGCUCACGCAUAUCCUUGCAUUGCUAAACAAUAUACCAGCCACUUCAAGAAAGUACCAAUUCGCUAUGGCAAUGGCUGACAAAAUCAUGGACGGGAACUUCCGAGAUGGCCACGCGGAACUCAUACAAGUCAAUCGGACGGCUCUUUCUUCAGCAUUCGAGCGUACGUUAAGCCUUCUGUCCCAAUCUAUCCAACAGCCUCAUGCCUCAGAUGAUUCAGGCGCGUGGACAUCACGGGUCUUAAGGGCAUUGCCACUGGGAUCCUACAUAUCAUCAUGCGUAAAAGGGCUGAACUACUGCUUAAGAACCGUCAUACAAACAGUGCGUAAGGGCUCAUUGGCGUUGCAGUUAGACAAGAGGCAACAAUUGAGCGGCGGCGUCGUUUAUGAGGGAGCUGACGAUGUAGUGGCGGAGAAAUUGGCACAGGAACUGCUUUGGAUAACCAACAAAUUGAGGGCUUAUGGGGCUGUAGACGAAGCUAUGAUGCAAUGGAGUUUUGCCUCUGCUCUUGCUUCCCUCGCUUUCUCCGCUAAUCCCAGGGUUCAGGGUUACAUUGUCAAGAUUUCAGCUAUAUUAAUUGGAGAUCUCGUAGGCAACAAGGUAGAAGUUUCAACGGAAGUGAAGUUCAGAUUGCUAGUGCUCUGGAUUCCACUGUUUUGCUAUGCAAACAAUGGAUUAUCCUAUCCUUUCUUGACGAGCUUUGAGAAGAUAGAAGUAGAGAGAGCAAUGGAUGAAGCCAUUUCCACCUUACCUCCAAUGGAUCAAGAAGUUAUACUCAUAAAUUGGCUACAAGAUUUCACAAUGUGCGCCUCAGAUUGGCCAAAUCUCCAAGUUUCUUAUGAUCGGUGGUGCGGAGGUACUCGUCUGCUUGCUCAAUGAAUUUAUUUGUUCUUUUACGAAUAAGUUCUAUAUAUAU